AUGCCGAGUGACCUGGAAGGGACAAUUGAGCCGAAACGGGACGACGAGCUGUUGGGCUCUGGUCCCCCUUCCUCCGACAUGGUCGCCAUCGCCUCAUGGCUGGCAUCCUCCGGAUCCUCCGGUCUCAUCCGUGUGCUCUCACCAUGGUCAUCCAAGCCUGCUGGUAGUCAACCCGAGAAGCUCAGGCCGACGGCAUAUCUCGAUGGCCUCAGAGGAUUCGCCGCCUUUCUGGUCUACUGGCACCACCACGAACUCUGGGCCCACGUGCCCCCCCAACUCGCAUCCUUGGAAGCGAGCUUCGGCUUCAAAGGCAAUCACUAUUUCGUCACAUUACCGAUAAUCCGCAACUUCUUCCACGGUGGCCAUUUCGCUGUCGCUUCAUUUUUUGUUAUCUCCGGCUAUGUUCUGUCCGCCAAGCCCAUAAGCCUCAUCCACGCCGGCGAGCAGGCCAAGCUGGCCGACAACAUCGCCUCGGCGCUGUUUAGGCGAUGGUUACGGCUCUACAUCCCCAUCCUAUGUACUACCUUCAUCUACAUGACCUUUGUUCAUGCUUUUGGGAUCUGGAUCGACGGCCUUUCGGCCAAGGGCAACUACCUCCAGGCGGCGUGGGAUUGGUAUGCCGAGAUCAAGAACUUCAGUUUUGUCUUCAACAACGGCCCGAUCGGCUGGCUCAGCUACAACUUCCACCUCUGGUCGAUCCCUGUCGAGUUCAAGGGCUCCAUCGUCAUCUACACCUCGCUUCUCGCCUUCUCGAAAUGCAGUAGGAAUGCCCGGCUGUGGUGCGAGGCUGGCCUGAUCUUCUACUUCAUGUACAUCGUCGACGGCUGGUACUGCGCCCUGUUCUCCGCGGGCAUGAUGCUCAACGACCUGGACCACCUGGCUGCGAAGGAUGACCUGCCGGCCUUUUUCGACCGAUUCCGCCCUCACAAAACCACCAUCUUCUAUACCUUGUUCGCCGUCUCGCUUUACCUGGGGGGCUGCCCGGCCAACGGCAGCGGGGCGGAGGAUUUGGCGCGGAACCCGGGAUGGUAUCUGCUCUCGUUUUUAAAGCCCCAGGCCGUCUCCGACGUCAAGUGGUUCUUUCUCUUCUGGGCCGCCAUGUUCCUCGUCAUUUCGACGCCCCACAUCUCCUGGCUUAAACGUUUCUUUGAGACGCGAUUUUGUCAGUACCUCGGCCGGAUUUCUUUUUCGCUGUAUCUCGUCCACGGCCCAGUGCUCUGGACACUCGGCGAUCGGCUGUACGCGGCGGUGGGGUGGCCCAAGGACUCGCGCUUCCUCAACAUCCCCCAGUGGAUAAACCUCUUUCCGUUGCCCAAGUCAGGGCCGUUGGGGCUUGAGGUAGCAUUUCUGGUACCUCAUCUGAUCCUGCUUCCCGUCACAUUUUACCUGGCGGAGGUGGUUACGAGGGCGUUUGACGAGCCCAGCGUGCGGUUCCCGCAAUGGUUGUACAAAACGACUUCAGCAUCCCGGCCGGCAAGGCUGCCGGCAUGA